GCGAUGCGCGAGGAGGUGAAGAGAUCAGUGCCUGGAGCGCGCGGGGUUUGCUAUUGUGCUACAAUAAGCGGCAGCGCAGAGGAUGUGCGCGCACCUGUUUUAGACAUAUUACGGUAGACUAAAUUGUCCCCUAACACACCGCCAACACAAGACACAAGCUGAGUAAUUCAACACUGAUUUCUCUGCGAAUGAGCGAGGAACAGACGAGAUGCCAAAAACUCCAGCAAGACGCAUUAUUGGGACUUUCGGAAAACUCACGUUUUGAAUAACAGAGAGAAAGGGAGAAGACUUGAGGCUUACGGGGAGGCAGCAGAAGCGGCGUGGUUUUUCUUCUUGAACUUUCAGGAGCGCUGUGACCAUGCAGCCUGUAAGCUAGAGCAAGAUUAUUGUUUCCACUUAUCACCCAACUGAGUGAUCAGUUUGAGAGAGGAAGCCAAUAAAAAAAAAAAAAAAAAAAAAAAAAAAGGAAAGGAAGACUAAUAUAGACAGUUGUCGUUGAAAGUAAUGGUCCGAAGAUAUCACUCAUAGAACAGGAUUUUUUUUUUUCCCUUCUUCUUUUGCGUUGCUCUUCUCAACGUUUUUGGAAUCGCUGGCUGGGACAUUUCACCAAAGCUGGAAGCGACAGAUCCACAUGGUCCAGUCCGUAGAGUGAAAGUAGAGUUCUUCAAAUAAUCCUAACAGGUGCCACGUGAUGAUGGUAGAAUCAGCAACUGAGACCAUUCGAACAACACCCUCCAAUCAAAAUGGAGUCAGCAGCCUAAGUAGCCAGUCAGACGGCGGAGGAAGAGAGGGGGGUUCCAACGGCGACACCAAUGGGGAGAUCAGCUCAGUGGAUUUACUGCACCUUCAACAGCAGCAGGCCCUCCAGGCAGCACGCCAGUUCAUCCUCCAGCAAGCUACUGGACUUAACUCCCCAAGCAGCAACGAGGUCAAACAAAGCCCUGUACAGGUGCCGGUAUCCAUGGCAAUGAUGACCCCACAGAUGAUAACUCCUCAGCAGAUGCAGCAGAUCCUCUCUCCGCCUCAACUUCAAGCUUUACUCCAACAACAACAAGCCCUUAUGCUGCAACAGCUGCAAGAGUACUACAAGAAGCAACAGGAGCAGUUGCACCUUCAGCUCUUAACCCAGCAGCAGCAAGCAGGGAAGCAGGCCAAAGAGCAGCAGCAGUUGGGGAAUAAACAGCUGGCUUUCCAGCAGCAGUUGAUCCAGAUGCAACAACUACAGCAGCAACACAUUCUGAAUCUACAAAGACAGGGCCUGGUGAACCUACAACCGGGCCAAGGGGCAGUACCUAUUCAGAGCCUGCAGCAAGCCAUGUGUCCCACUGACCUGCAGCAGUUAUGGAAGGAUGUGGCUGGUGUUCAGAGCACGGAGGAGGCCAUGAAACACGAGGGUCUCGAUCUGACCACCAACAGCUCUAACUCUACCUCAUACUUGGCCUCCAAGGUCUCACCUCAGAUCCCUCAUCAUCCUUUGCCAAAUGGACAGAACUCUGUGCACACUCCAAAGAGAGACAGAGCAAGACUCUUUGAGUGGAUCUCGUCCUUCACCAAGGAGUCCAGCGAUGAGCAUCUCACACCGUACUCCAAAGGCACUCCCCUGCAGAGCACCCACUCUACCCACGAGGAACACACAGCCUCCCACCCACUCUAUGGACAUGGCGAGUGCAAGUGGCCUGGCUGUGAAGCGCUCUGCGAGGACAUGGGCCAGUUCAUCAAGCACCUGAAUAGUGAGCACGCCCUGGAUGAUCGCAGUACGGCCCAGUGCAGGGUUCAGAUGCAGGUCGUUCAACAGCUGGAGAUACAGCUGGCCAAAGAGAGCGAGCGUCUGCAGGCCAUGAUGGCCCACCUGCACAUGCGUCCAUCAGAGCCUAAGCCUUUCAACCAACCUCUGAAUCUGGCCUCCAGCAUGUCACUGUCAAAAAGAGAAAGCGAGGGGUUUCCUGAGGGCUUGCCCCACCCCCCCACUUCUGCCGCCACCCCCAUCACCCCCAUGAGACAGGGACCCUCCGUCAUCAGCUCCUCCAGCCUGCACGGAGUCGGACCCAUCCGCCGGCGCAAUUCUGACAAGUUCUGCACCCCUAUCGCCUCGGAACUUGCACAGAAUUGUGAAUUCUACAAAAACGCUGAUGUCAGGCCUCCAUUCACCUAUGCCUCCCUCAUACGGCACGCCAUUCUGGAAGCCCCUGACCGACAGCUGACUCUAAACGAAAUCUAUAACUGGUUUACACGAAUGUUUGCCUAUUUCAGGAGAAACACAGCGACAUGGAAGAAUGCUGUGCGCCAUAACCUGAGUCUGCACAAGUGCUUUGUGCGCGUGGAGAAUGUCAAGGGUGCAGUUUGGACUGUGGAUGAAGUGGAAUACCAAAAGAGGAGACCACCAAAGAUGACUGGAAGUCCAACUCUUGUGAAAAAUAUGAUUUCUGGACUGGGAUUUGGCUCCCUGAAUGCCAGCUAUCAGGCUGCACUUGCGGAGAGCAGUCUAGGUCUUCUGAACAGUCCCACCCUGAUGAACAACAGCACAGGUGCAAGCCUCAACAUGCUGCAUAUCGGCCACGACGAUGUCAGCAGCACAGUUGAACAGGUCAACAGUAACGGCAGCUGCAGCCCUGGCCUCUCUCCACAGCAGUAUGGACAUCAGGUCCAUGUGAAAGAGGAGCCAGCUGAGAUGGAGGAGGACAGCAGACCGAUGUCCCUCAUGGCAUCCGUCACUCAAAACCUGAGCAUACCUGGUGAUGAGCGUGACAUGGAGGAGGAGCUUCACACAGAGGAGCUGGAGUAAGAGGAAGAAAGAUGGUGGAGGCGUAGCUCACUGGCCAGCCCCUCCCUCAUAUUCAAAGUGUUCAAGUGAGAAAAACAAAGAUAAUAACCAACUACAACUUCAAAAACCAAAACAGGGUUAGACCUCAUCAGUUCAUAAUGCAAAAACACACAACAUGAUUUUUUACCCAUUUUUUUUUUUUAUGUUUCCCAAGUCGGUACCUUCAAAAAGGCCAUUUGAUGCUUAGAGCAACUAUGAUGGACUGCCAUAUCUAAAGCUACUGAGGGAAACCUGACGAGUAACAAUUUUCUUUUUUUUUUUUCUUUUUUUUUUUUUUCAGAAGUCACCUGAGAAUUCUCUAUUUUUAGUCUUUUUAGCUUUAAUUGUUAUGUUCUUUGCACCUAAGAACACUGCUUUUCUAUGGGAGAAACACACAGUGGUGAUUUACCUCAGAGAGAAGUUCACAUGCCUGAAAAAAAGAGGAGAAAGAUGACAAACAUCUUUAGAAUGACUUCAGCUCUCAGAUUUUUGUAUUCAUUCAAGGGGAUCCUGCAAGGCUCAGUAACUUUGCGAUCACAAAGAUACAAGUUCACUUAUGACAAAAGCAAAGACUGAAACCCAACAAGCUGAAAGACUGGCAAAGGCAUACCUGGCCAGCUGACCAAUUUUGACUCCGGGGGAAACCGGGGGAAGUGGUAUUCUGUCUUUGCAUAGUGUAUACCUCUCUGAUCAGACAGUGACUGUCUGCACCUGCUUUCUUUAUCUGAUGGUAUCCACAAGCACUUGGCGGAACGUGUUUUUCACAAAUCUCUUCUUUUGUCAAACUCAAAGCAGAAGUGUUGCUACCCCCCCAAAAAAGGCAUUUUUCAGGAUAAGGAACUUUGCUGUUGUUCUCCUGUGGUGCUGUCAUGACAGCCAGACUGAUAAUGAGGCUUGUGGAGGACUGGCACUCAGACUUUAAUGACUGUAUUGUUGAUUAUAAUAUGUGUGCAGUAGCUUUCGAUUUCUCUUUCAAUUUUGUUUUACUUUCAUAGUCAUUUAUUUCUAAAGGAUCAACGUUUUUCAUUGUGAUGUAAUUCAACUAUUAUAUGUCUUCUGUUAAUGAUUGUCUUUUUAUUUUUAUUUUUUUAACGUUCUCUCACUAUUCCAAAAAGGGGUUACAUUUGGGAGAGAAGUUCCAAAAUCCUUAUUCUACAAACUUAUCAGAGUUAGUUGAGGAUAGCACUUAACGUUAAAUGAUAGAUACAGAAACAUACAGCAAACAGAACCACAGAUAAAAACUAACUUUAAAUACCAAGGUGACAAACCACUCGAACAUUUCUAAAGCAGAAAAAAAGCUAAUACUAAAGAGACUGAGGUUGAAUACACAGUGCAGGGCUCCCUGUAAGAUCCUGAAAAAAAAAAAAACUUUACAGGCACUCAUAUCUCUCUUUUUUUUUUUUUUUUUCAUAAAUUUGCUUCAUUUAUUUAAAAAAUAAUAAUUUUCAAAUCUGCGCCAUUUACUGCUUCAUUUCAGAGUUUUAUGUUAGAGCCGAUUGAUAUAAGCUGCGAUACAAAAUAUUGCUUAACUUUAAAGAUAACACAGUCACAGAAUACCUCAAACCACAGUGUUUGCCCCUCACUCUGUUAUUACAAAGGGGAUUUGUACUGUGGCUUACCAACAUGGUGACUUUCUCAUUAUCAUUUCUAAGUUCUGUAGUUAUUAGAUAUAUAAAAAGUGAUUUGCAAUUCACUGUGUGAAUAGAAAGUGUCUGAUUAGCAUGUGAGAUUUUGCUUUCAAUGAACAAUUAAAAAAACUUCUCAGUAGUACCAUGCCAAAUUCCAAGUUUUAAUUUAAUAUAUGUUGCUGUUUUAGUUUUCCCCAUUUUACUUUUGUUACAGGUAACCAAAGAGAUAUUUAGUAAACCAAAAACUCUUUUUAUUUAUAAUUUCUUCUUCCUAAAGAACUGGCCAAAAGAACACAAACACGUCAUUUACAUAUAUUUUUUUUUCUUUUUUUUUUUUCCUUUUUUUUUUUUUUUAGUUAAAUCGUUUGUUUUUGACUUACACUUCAGAGCAUUCCAAAAACCAAAGUGUAAAAUGCAAAUGCUUUUUUUUUCAUUCAACAAAGGAGAGAACUGUUUAAAUAUAUGUUAACCUAAUGAGUUAUUAACACUACAUUCGUUUAAAGGCCAAAAAUAAAAGAACAACAUGCACACAAACUGAAAAGGAAACAAAAAGCAGUAUUAACAAGCCUCUUGCGGUUCCUUAGUCAAUGUAAAAAAGCACUUACGAUCUGAGGAAGAAAGCUCCCUACCCCAUCUUGUGCUCAGGCGAUUGCAGUGUUGAGAAUGCAGUCUUAGAGAAAGCUUCACCGUCUAAGAUUGCAAAGAACUUGACUUGCAAAAGGCACUUGAAUAACAGUGAUGUACUUUUAUGUGACACUAGAAGCCAGCAGCAAUUACUCAGCAUGACAUAUGUACAUUAAAAAUGGUUUACUUAAAUAGAAUAAUUCUUAUCAGUAUUUCAAAACAAAACGCAGUUUAACGAAUACCAAAUAGAGCAGGCUAGCAUUUCAUUGAAUAACCAUUUCUAUAGAUUCAGUUUUCUUGCGUUUCGUUUAGCUUACCCAGCCUCUUGAACAGUAUUAUUUUCCAGACGAAUAAGGGAUGGCUUAUUUUCAAAAACAAAAAGACACAUUUAAGGACUGCUCAAAUUAUUAUGUUCUGUUGGAGGAUCUAUUUCAACAUUUCUUUGGUCAAAAACAUUUUAUUUUGAAGUGAGGUCUGAUGUACCUGGUCACAGAUGAGAUGUGUAUGUGCAUUUCAUACUGUACACUCAAAACACCUUAAAAGAAAUAAAACCAAAUAUAAUGCUACCUCCUUUUGAAAACGGUUCACAAAAUAGAUGUAAGUCACCUAUAGUCAAUGAAUGCCAAUGAAAGUCACCUAUAGUCAUGCAAAAGGUGUAAAUCCCUUGUUUUUUUUUCAUUCAUCCACAAAAUAACGUUGGAAAACCAAAAUAUGAUUAUUGUUGCAUAGCUUUGAAGAGAGUCUGGCUAUCACGAUUCCAAAUUCAUUAGCAUGAAUGGUAACAAAUAAACGAGACACAAUGAAAAAAAAAAAGAUGACUACCUCUCCACCCCCCUCCUGAAAAAACGCUGAGUCCUGUUAAGUAUGAAGCAUUAAGUGGUCAACACAUUUAAAAGGGUCUACUCCAAAUCACAUAUUCCCUACUUUAAGUGAUCUAUUAGCAUAGUGUCUAUGUACAGGUCCUCUGCACGGAGGUUUAAUUGUGUGUUCUAAUUCCGCAUGCAUAAUGAGAGGCCAGGCCAAUGAGAGCCAUCGAGCUGGCCGGUCAUUAGAGCGUAUUCAAUGGGCCAGUCAGUUGGGUGUCAGAAAUGAUGAUAGGCAGAAUGCAUUAACGCAGGCCACUCUCGCAUGGACCCCGCUUCCCAAUUAAUGCAAAGUGUUGCUUCAUGAUGGCUGUGGAAAAAGAGCACGAACAUACACACACACACACACAUACAUACAUACACAUACCGAGAGGAUCGUGACGCUCUUGGUAGCGGUUACUCUGGUAAAACGGGCCUUUAUUUGUACCACAGACCAAUCGAACAGACUUGGCUGCAGUGAAAGCACUACAUGCCAGCAAAUGAAAACCAAAAUAUCCAAAGAGAAACAUUGUGCUACAACAAGAACUGAGAAUUGCAAAGGAAUUCAAAAACUCUCACUAACGAAUUGCUGCAUUCACUAAAUGGACUACAUUUGUAUUUUAAGGUACACCUGUAAACAAAGCUGUUAUGUAUGAUAUAGACUGAAAUACAUCAAUGGUAUUAGUGAUCGCCAUGACUCCAUAACUUUUACAAACAUGUUGUAUUGAUGUAAUUGUUGUAUAUUACCGCUUGGCUUAGCUCUCUAGGGCAUUCUCUCCUUUUUGUAUUUCAUUUACUUUUUCCACUUUUUUUUUUCCUUUUGGCUUUAUUUUCUGCAGCUGUUUAGCUAUUGUAAAGUUUUGAGAUCAGAAUUCCUAUGCUGUAUUGCUUAUGCUAAAGUGAAUGUAUUUAUCAUAUUAUGUGCUAAAGGUAUCAUGUUUUUUUUUUCUUAUUCUUUUUUUUCCCCAGUUUUUCUGUCAUGUCUGGGACGAUGAUUUUUUACAUGUGUAUUCUCUCGAAAAAAUGAAAAAAAGAAAAGAUUAAGAGUUAGAGUAAGUGGUUUAGGUAACACACCUGUUUGUAUAUUUAUCUUAGCUAGGUCUAUUUUGAUACUUUUUGUCUCUGUAGUGCAUUUAUGCCUUUUUAAGGAAAAAAGAGAGAAAACAAACUAAAAAGUUGAACUCAUUGUGUGAUGAUACCUCAGAAGGACUUUUCUCAAAAGACAGGACCAAAUCUUCAGAAAAAAAAGAAAAGAAAAGAAAAAAAAAAACAGUGAAAAGGAAAAAUAUUGAAGAAAGAAUAUGUAGCCCUGUGUUGCUUAUAAGAAAGAGCAACUUUAAGGUGUUUUUUUUUUUUCUCUCUCUCCACAUGGUCCGUUUAGGUGCCAAUAUAUGUACAGACUCCCUUUAAGUCACACCGUUCCUUUAUCUACCAUUAGCACUCAAAGCUGUCUCAUAAGGCAAAGGUGCGCUAGGUUUGUAUAGAAAGCUGAAAUGGCCCAAAACCCAGUGAAGUGCAUGGAUUGGCUCUCUUAAGCGUACAUUUCAAUGGAAAUGCUGUACUUAAAAUUAUGCUCAUAGAGUGUCUUUCUUAUUUUCACGGACUUCUCUUGUCUUCUCCUAAACGCGCUCUAAUUCCACUCUCGUAGCACUCAAAAAAUAGGACCAUGCUUUCUCCAACAGACUGGACAAACAAUGUUCCCUGCACGUAGAGGUAGACAGAAGUCAUAAAGACAUUUUUCAGCCACUGUGUGUAAUUUAUCAUUUCUGUUUCAUAAAUAACAACAAUUGCUGUGAACUUGGUGAAGCUUUUCCGUAGUAGCAAAACCAAAUACAAUUUUGAAAAGGUUUUCAGAAAUGCAGAUCAUCUUCAGUGACCACCAACGGGGGUUUGUAUCCAAACAAAUGUGUGACGAAGAUGACAGAGCAGUAUUUUAUGUCUCACUAUCCUUUACAGCCACAACAUUUCUCCACACUACCACCGUUAUGCUGGUUCAAGGCCUUUGAUAGGCUCAGAGCUCCAUUGCCCGGUGAUGAAUAGCUUUGAGCUGCUGGUCUCCAGGAAAAGGACCCCUGACGGGGAGCUUUGCCCGGUGGUAUUAACUUCUUCGGCUAAUCAAAUGGAACUACCACUUGAGCUCUCCUCUCAUUGUAUUUUUACGAAUGUGUGUACAUUUUCAGCAGUGACUUCUUUGUACUUGGUUUCAUUUUGAUUGGUUUACUUUUUUUUUUAGUUUGUUUUGCUUUUUCCGAUAAAACUUGGGGGGAAGAAUAGGUGGUGGCUUUGAAAUGGUAUAGAAAAUUUAAAAAAGGCAACUAGCCAUCCACCUUUGAUCGUUCUAACCCUGGUGACCAUGUUUAUGCCAGUCACUGCCAUUUUUCUUCAUGCUGUAUAAAAAAACACACAUAUAUCUGUGUAUUUGUAACCUGAAUCUUAUUGUGUCUGUCCAUGCAGACAAUAAAAAACUGUACAGUAGGUCUAGUUGCAUGAAAUCUGUACUAAUUAUUGACAAUGGCAUUAUAAAAUGCAAUAAAAAAUACUUAUUACACUGUAUAAGGCUGUGCUUUGUUUUGAGAACCUGUUCUACAUGUUUACAGACACUUUGAGUAGCAUUCAUUAUUUGUUAAAGGAAUGCUCCAUCGACAGCAUUUCUGGUAUAUUGUUGAUUGCCACAAACAAAGUAUCUGGGCUUGUCCCUCGUCUAUGUUUCAAAAGUAUAGCCAGAAGAUUUAAACAUAUACGUGUUUACAUUUUUUUUGUGUGUGUGUGAUACAGUAUAAUCAGGGAUUUUCUGGAGUUAACCAGAUUACAAGAUUGAUGGCGUUACUUCGACAUGACAAUGUUGUAAGAUAAUAUUGGAUAUAAAUAAAUAAGGUUAGUAAGCAAUUUUAUCACACUAAAAUCAUGUUGAUUUGUAUAAUGUUUAUGUCUUGUGGCUAUACUUAUGAAUCAGUGUGUAUUUUAGUGUUUAUGGACUGCCCCCAAUAAUUUCCAGAUUAAGUGCCUUAUGGUAAUCAUGGUUUUUUUUUUCUUUUUUCUAUAAAUGAGGGAUGAGUCAAAAUUAUUUUUGGUAAUCAACAUUAUGCCACAAAUGCUGUCAGUUGAUUUUAACUUGCAUUGAAACCAGAACAUUCCUUUAAGAAUUGUAUAUAAAUAAUUGUAUCUGGUUGGUCACUAAAAAAAAAAAAUUAAAAAAAACAAUUGAGAGAUUUGAGAGACAAAUUAAUUAAAGAAUAAAAAUGCCAUCUGAAGGAGUGACUAAAAGCAGUGAAUGUUUAGAAAUGUCCUUUUUUCAAAUUAUGACUGGUUAUAUGUAAAGUUCAAUUUGUUUUAGAUCUUUAGACAUGACGUUAUGGUAAGACUUAUC